GAAAUACACCAAGCGCAUGAAGUGACUCACAGAUGUCUCAGAACACUGCAGUGCUGUUGUGUGUAGAUGUAUUGGUCUGGAAAUAGCUUCAACUCUAAAUAAUGUCAAAGAAGCACGGCUAUUCCACUUAGUCACUGAGGCGUAGCAGAAAAUAGAGAGGAAACAAAGUACAAAGAUGAGGCGUUUAGAGUGGCUUGGCUGAACCAAUACAUUAUUAUUUUAUAUUGUCUUGGUCAUCAACACAACAGUCACAUCCUUAUGCUUGGUUGCUUCAUGCCCCCAGUUGCUAAGUGAUACAGUUAUACCGAUAUAGUGAUUAUGGUAGUGAUUAUAGAGUUAUAAGUCAUUGUCCUAAGUCAUUCUCCAUUUCCUAUGUGUAUCCUUUCUUAGCAGUCUGUAAACAAAGGGGAAAGGUCUGUAUUGAAGGAGAGCCAGACAGAAACACCCCUGAGAACAGUGAAAGGUUCCCUGGUAGGGGGUUCAAACUGACAUGGGGGGUUAGCACCAUACAAUGAGGAAUGAGACAGGGCAGUGGGGUGUGGCCUAGGGCCCACUGAUGAAACACAGAGUCAAGCUGAUGCAGUUAGUCAUGGUAGUAUCGAGGGGGGAGCAGAGGGCUUUGUCACUGAGGAGGUGGUGGAAUGGAGGGAGGCAGCAGAAGAGGGCAGGGAGAGCAGUAGUGAUUUCAGCGACAAGGGGGUCUGUUUAGAAGUGGAGGUAGAGGAAGGAAAGGCUGUUGAACCCCAAAUGCCUUCAUAUGGUCAUUCUACACCUGGGGCAGUGAUGACGGAAACAUAUGAGGGAAGAGAAGGCCAAGCAGAAGGGAAAGAUCAUCCUAGGAGUUCACUUACUUGAUGCUAGGGACUGUGAGCAGGGCCUCGUCCCCUGCCUGGCCCCUCUCUGUCUCUUUCCUGGCCCCAUGUCCCCCUACCUACCUCUCAGCCGAGAGACGGGAUGGGAGAGAGCAUGGCUGAUCCAGCAGGGCAGUGCAGGGAUUCUGCAGCCAUUAAGCUUGACCCUCGGGCCACUGCAGGCCCCGUUGGGGAGCCUGGGGAGCCUUGCUCCUCUACGGGGUCUUGAUGGCCUGGCCUUGAGGGGGUCCCUGAGCAGCUCUGGAGGGCUGGAGCCCCUGAAGACUCCCCUUGGGGGUCCUCUCUCAAGCCUCGGGUCCAGUCUGCUGGGAGGGCAACAGGAGGAGCGUGUGGCUUUCUCGCCGCCUGGGUUCGAGGAUAACGAGGAUAACAUCUCAGAGGAUGAGCAGCCGAGUCGUCGUGGCUCGGCCAGACUGUUACAGAACCUGCACCUGGACUUGGAUGCGUUGGGAGGAGGGCUGCAGUAUGAGGACAGCGAGGCCAGUGGAGUGGCCCCACCAGAGGGGAAGACAGAAGCAGAGCUACGAGACUUGGCCCUGUCUGGAGAGCACAGCCCUGAGUCCCCCUCUCAGCAGGACUCCCUUCGUGGACGCCACCUCCUCUCCACCCCACCACGCGGAGGCAGCAGGGACUGCAGUAGUGCUGCUGGGGUCUGCCUCCCUACCCCAGACCCCCAGCCUGCUAAAACUAGAGACAGUGGAGAGGAGGAAGAAGAUUAUGAGGAUGGGUGGGGAGAGGACAGAGAGAGUGUGGCUGAGGAGGGAGGAGGUGAAGAGGAGAACCAGAGAGAAGUAGGGCAAGCGAGUGAGAAGAAGAGAGGAGAGGAGGGGGAGGGCAAGGACGUUGAGGCCGAGGUCAGUGAGGAGGUAGAGUGUGAAGGAAAGUUGGAGGAGGGAGAGGAGGAAAGUGAUGAGGUCAUAAAGAGGUGUGUAAAAAGUGAGGAUGGGGAGGAAGAGGAGACUGGUGACGUAGUUGAGGAAAAUGUCAAUACAAAUGAGGGAGAAGGGGGAAGUGAUGAAAUGAUGGAGAGAUAUCUUGGAGAGCAAGGAGAGAGUGAUGAGGUAGUAGAGCGGUGUGUUACAAAUGAAGAACUAGAGGUGGGUCAUGACAAACAGGUGGAGGACUGCAAUGAGCUAGUUGAGAGCCGUGUUAAAAGUGAAGAGGAACCAAAAGCAGAAGAGAGUGAUGAGAGAGACACUAAAAGUGAGGAAGCAGGAGAGGAAAAAGAGGGGGAACAGGAGGAAGAGAGUGAUCAGGUAGUAGAGAGAUAUAUGAAAGAGGUGGAGGGAGGAGAUGAGGAAAGUGAGAUAGUGGGCGAGAGAUAUUUCAAAAGGAAGCAUGUGGAAAGGAAGGAAGAGACUGUUAGAGACAGUAUAGAGGAGGAAGAUGAGGCAAAGGGAGAUGAGGAUAGUGAGGAAGUGGUUGAGAGGUGGUUGAAAGAGGAGGCUGAGGAGGGCGAGAGGGAGGUGGUGGAGAGGUGUGAGGAAGAGGUGGAAGAUGAGGAGACUGGGGAGGGUGAGAGUGAGGUGGUGGAGAGGUGUGUGAAAAGUGAGGAAGAGGUAGAAGAUGAGGAGGCUGGGGAGGGUGAGAGUGAGGUAGUGGAGAGGUGUGUGAAAAGUGUUGAAGAGGAAGGUAAAGAGGAGGGAGAGAGUGAAGUGUUGGAGAGGUCUGUGAAAAGUGAGGAAGUGGAAGAGGAGGUCGGCGAAGAGGAGGCUGAUGAGGGAGAGAGUGAAGUGGUGGAGAGAUGUGUGAAUAGUGAGGAAGGGGAGGAGGGUAAAGAUGAACCUGAGGAGCUGGAGAGUGAGGUGGUGAGGGAGAGGUGUGUAAAAAGUGAGGAAGGGGAGGAAAAUGACAAAGUCUUUGCGAGAUGCUCGCUGAGUGAAAAACAGGCUAGGGAAGGAGAGGAGAGCAGGGAGGUGGAGGGGUGCUUCAAAAGAGAACGAAAAGAAAUGGAAGGAGACAGACUUGAAGAAGACAGUGAUGAGGUGGUGGAAAACUGCAUUCAGACCGUGCAAGCCUCACCGAAACCCAAAACAUCCGCAAGCUCAGAGGAAGUAAUCGAGAGACUCGAACAACAAACGGUCCAAGCUAAGUCCCUGGGGAAGAAGAAGAAGUUAGCAGACCUUAAACAAAGUGACAACAUGGAGGUGUAUGUGGGGAAGAAGAAGAAUGUGCCCAAACAAAGCCCUCUACCAGCAGAGCAGUCGGAGGCCAGCGAGCACAUGGAGGUGGCAUCCUCCUCCACCGAGGACCUCAAGUCUGGUUUUGGCUCCAGGUUGUCAGAGAAAGUCCUGGACCUGAAGGAUCUCUCCCCUGCUGUUAGUCCACUCCUACAGGACAAAGUGGGGAUAGUGAAAGUCAGUGCGGAGGAGGAGAAGGAACGGAGGAAGAGGGCAGAAGCUGCAGAGAGGCGUCUCCAUGGUGCAGGCAGGGAGGAUCCAGUGAUGGAGGACAGGCCCCCCAGCCAGCCCAGUGAAUCCCAGCAGACCACAGGGUCCUCCCACUGUGAGCCGGAACCCCGGCCGCGGGCCGAGGGGGUCAGCACCAGCGCCAGCCUAGGGGUGCCGGGGGUCCAGCGGCCUGACACCUCCAGAGGCCGCCUGGUUAGGAGCCCCAACGCCCACUACAAAGAGGAAGCCCCCAGACAGGGGGAGGACAGCAGAUGGGCCCAGGAGGAGGAGAGUGAGAAGGAGAGGAGGGAGACUGAGAGGAAGAUAGAGGAGGAGAAGGAGCGUGCGCUGCGGGAGAGGCAGGAGAAGGGGCGCCUCCUUCAGGAGGAGCUGAGCCGGGAGGAGGAGGAGGAGGAACGGAGGCUGAAGGAGGAGAGCAAGGAGAGGGUCAGGAGCCUGAGGGAGAGGCUCCAGAGUAAGGGGAGGGAAGAGGAGAGCAGGUUGAGUGUGGAGUCUGAAAGCAGGCUACUGGAGCUGAGGGAGAUGGCCCGGAGGGAGAGAGAGAACCAGCAAUGCAACAUCAGGGAGGAGGGCGAGGCGAUGCUGAGAGAGCUGCGUGCCACCCUGGAGGCGGAGCGAGAGAGGAUAGAGGCCCAGAGGAAGCGGGACCUGGAGCGACUGAGGGAGGAGUCAGAGGAGAAGCUACAUGCGGAGAAGCGGAGACUGCUUGGGGAGCGGGAGGAGCAACUCAGCUCCCUCAAACAGGAGGGGAGAAGCAGUGCCAGUGAGCGGUGGAGGGAGUUGAAGAGCCCUCGUAGCCCAGAGCAGCAUCUAGCAGAGUACCAAAGAGAGUUGGGAGACGUGCUCCAGGAAGUGAGGGAGGAAGUGCAGCGUGACCACGCCAGGAAGCUGGGGCAGCUCAAAGACGACCACCACCGAGAACUCAGCUCUAUCAGAGAGAGUCAUCUGGACCAGGAGGCUGUCCAAAAAGAACAGUUGCUGUGUGUCCUGCAGGAGGAGAGGGAUCGCCUGCUGGCCGCACACAGCGCCCAGCUGGAAAGACUCCGUACACAGCUAGACUCCCAGCUCUGCAAGACCCGCCAGACGCACACACGCAAGGAGGCAGAGAUUCAGGAGCUGGGGGACAGGAUGGAGCUGAGGGCCAGGGAACUGAAGAGCCAGGAGACAACACUGAAGACCCAGGCAGCGAAUUUGAAGAAGAGGAGGCAGCAGCUUGGGGAUGAAGAGGAUGAGAUAGACAGAGGAAUCGAGGCUCUGCCUGGAGUCAUGCAGGAGAGAGAUGGACUGAGAGAGCAUCUGGAGCGGGUGGAAGGAGAGAGGGACAGGGCGAGGCAGGAGGCGGAGAGAGGGCGGGAGGAGAGGACCAACGCGAGAGAGGAGUUGGAGAGAAUGAGGGAGGAGAGGGACAAAGCGAGAGAGGAGAGCAGGAGGAUAAAGGAGGAGCGGGACCGGCUGGAGAGCAAGGUGGAGCUGCUGCAGGAGCGCUGUGAUCGGCUGGGCCGCAGAGUCAGUGAUCUGGAGCAGAGCGAGAUCAAGAGGCCUUCUACUAGACUGGACAGAACAGAGGAGGAGAGGAAGAAGGAGAAGGAUUGUGAGGCAGCGCCCUCUGCUGGACAGGAGAAAGUGCUGCAUGUGGAACACCUGAAAGAACCUCUCUCCCCCAUCUCCAGAGACAGCGAGAGCAGCUUGGACGACUUGCAUCAGUACAUCUCCUCUGAGGGCCUGUCCCUGCAGAAGGCCCGGCGCUUCCUGGAGAGGGAGAGUGGUCGUCUGAGUGAGAGACAGGCAGCGCUGCAGGCAGCGCAGGCCCAAUCCAGCUCCUCUCAGUACCCCAACACCACCAGCCACGCCCAGGCCACACAGGAGAUGUACAGGAACCUGCAGCAGGUACGUGAGGCCAGUGACGUGGAGGAGUUGAGGGUGACUGUGCAGAGGGGGAUCUCGCUGCUACGCAGGAAGGAGGAGAGACUGCAACAGCUAGAGAGCUCCGUAGCUGAAGAGGUCUCCCAUCAUCACUACUAUGAUGACCAGGGCAGACUGGCUGAUGAUAGGAAGGUGACCUUUGAUGUGACUGAAUCGGAUAUGAGCAGCGUCAGCAACGGCCAUGAUGGCCCAGGUGGGGAGCCCACAGUGCCAGCUAAGGUGCAGCACUUAGCCGAGUCGCUCCAGCACAUCUCUGGCCAGCUCAACACAGUCCUGGGGGCCCUGGGCUCCCUGACCCAACGCCAGACCCCUUACCAGCCUCUCCCCCUACCUCUGCCCCUCUCCCAGCCCCGAACCCCCACCUCAAUGCCUCUUUCACAGCUCUCCAUGCCUCUGUCUGGGCCCUCCUGGGCGUGGGCCCCUCACAGCACCUCCACCCCACUACGGGAUUCUGAGGACCUGCUCAAUAGCCGCUGGGCCAAGCUCUUCCCUGGGGCUCCUAUUGAGUCCAUAGCCACCAGUUCCUUGCGGACCAAUGCACUUUAUUCAGGGUACAGUCCUGCAAGUGAGCAGGCUCGUAGUCUGUCCUCCAUGCAGCCUAAGGCAGUGGAGAUGGAUGGCCAGAGGCUUCAGGGCCUGAUCGACGGCAACAAGAGAUGGCUGGAGACACGCAGGAAAGACCCCAGUGUACCUCUGUUCACGCGUUAUCGGACCCCCCCAACUAUGAGUGGACUGGUCCAGUUGAGCCUGGAUGACAACAACCAGAUUAAAGUGUACCAUUACUAAAGGGCGAGGGAGAAGUUACAUAAAGAGCAAGGAUCAACACAAGCAGAUAAAGCUGUAUUGUUAUUGAAAAAGGGCUAAGGACAGGGGUGUGUUUUUAAAAAUUCACUUUUAAUGCAGGGAUCCCUCUAGCUCUGGUCCAGGGCGCUACUAGAGGAACCGCCCUCGACUAUGUGUGGACCAAAGGAACACCCUGGACCAGAGCUUGGAUUCCCCUGCAACCAAAUUUCCAUAUCAGAUUACUGUAAGAAACAUUUAAGACAUCUGACCUCCAGUGUACUCCUCGUCCUCAGGUUUAACUGUGAUUGUGUGACAGAAGAGGACACUAGGGCGGUUUCAGUGGUCUCUGUAAUUUCAUUCCAUUGGCAUGCAAGGUUGAAUAGCUUGGGAGUAUGGCGACAGUAGCCCCGUAGUCAACAAAUCAGUUUGUUUGCCUCGAGCUAUUUAAAUGUUUCAAAAACAGAAUGCAUAGUUGUUACAUAUUCAAUAGGUGCUUCACUUUAUUAGGAGAGAUACCGUUGAUAUCUUACAUUUAUAAGCCUCAUAACUGAUGUGAUAAGUGACUAAAGAUCAUUGUCAUGGUAUCAGGUUGUAAUUGUGCUGUAUGAGAAGUUCAAGCCAUACCAUAAUAACCGCUACAAGGGCAGGACAACUUGUAAAGCAUUCAGUCUGUAUGAAAUUCUGGUAAGAGAGACCCUCUUCCAGUGUGUUUACUGUGCAGAUGUGUGGAAUUUUUACAGUAUUUUUAUAAAUAUUUUAAUAAAUGUAAAGUGGUGUAUAUUCAUAA